GUCCAAGUCAUGUAACGAUAACGAAUAUCGUCUGACAUGGGACUGAACAUGCUCUCACUUUGUAUGCGCCUUUAGACCAAGUACAGACAUCGUGGUGAUUGUGUAAUGUCGUCGACAGUGUCCACAGCCUUCGUUUAUGGUAUGACCCUGGCAGAACCCUGGUACACAAGCCCCCGCCAUCGUAUCCGCAGGAUCGGCCUCCAGCGCGGGUCAAGAAACGCAUCGAUCGCGAUGGCAUCUGUUGACAUCAUCGAUUGCAACUGCGUUUGCUUUUUCUUUUCGCAUUUUCCUUCUCCAUCUCCUCCUACUCCUCCCCCAUCCUCCCGUGUACAAUCACUGAUGUCGCCAUGGUCCCAGAUAUUUUUGAUGACGCAUUUGAUCAAGCAAUUGAUUGCCAAUUUCUCGACUAGUGUGGCCAGUCUGCUAGAGAGAACAUAUGCUACUGCACGAUAACAUGAGCCAGGACAUCAAAAGGCUCGAACUCGAAUUAAACAAGACACUACAAGAAGUAAUCAACGCUAUCAGUUGACAAUGAAAUCUUUUGUAUCAAAAAGAAU